UGUCUGCAUUUAAGGUCCUUAUUAAAAACUCACGGUGUAUCUAUAUAUACACACUACUACUCCUCCAAAAAUUAAGUUUACUGUAGCCUUGUUCAGCCCAAGCCUAGACACCAAUUCUCUCUCCCUCUCUCUCUCUCUCUCUCUCUCUCUCUCUCUCUCUCCGUUUUGGUACGGUGCAAAGCAAACUCCUCAAUUUUCCUCUCUACCAAGCUCCCCCUCCCUUGGCAUCACCAUCACACAACAACGCACACCACUCUGUCACAUGAUCAACGACUACAGAUCAGCUACGUACAGAUCAGCUACCAACUUACACCACAUGCAGUUUCUUUCACCGACCCCUUUCUUUUGUCAAUUUCCAUUUCUUGACUGGGACCAUAUUGAUUCCUCUACCUCUUCUCUUCAUCUCACUAAUUCAUAUAUUGAACUGGGUAUUGGCCGGUCUUUCUCCUAAUUACGUAAACGUAAAGAGAGAGGAGAGAGAGAGAGAGAUGGAAAAUUGGGGCGAGCAAUUCGACGCAAUAGUGGUAGGGGCAGGGGUGAUGGGCAGCUCCACAGCAUACCAUCUUUCCAAAAUGGGUUACAAAGUUGCCCUCUUCGACCAAUUCGAUUUCCUCCACCACCGCGGCUCCUCCCACGGCGAGUCCCGAACCCUCCGCGCCACCUACCCCGAGCCCUACUACGCCGCCCUGGUCAAAGAAUCUCUCACCCUCUGGGAACAAGUCCAGUCCGAAAUCGGUUACAAGGUCUACUUCCCCACCCCACAACUCGACAUGGGCCCAUCCGACGACACCAGCCUCCGGUCCGUCAUUGCCAAUUGCGGCCGCAACUCGGUUCCCCACCGGAUCCUCGACGCGCACCAACUACUCCGUCAAUUCCCCGCCCGAAUCGACAUGCCGGAGAAUUGGGUCGCCGUGGUUAGCAAAAUCGGGGGCGUGAUAAAACCCACAAAGGCAGUUUCCAUGUUUCAAACACUUGCCGUGAAAAACGGAGCUGUGCUCAGAGAUGGCAUGGAAGUGAGAGAGAUAGAGAGAGAUGAUGAGAGAGGGGGGGUUUUGGUGUGUACGGCGAAUGGGGAGAGGUUUUGGGGCAAGAAAUGUGUGGUUACUGCUGGUGCUUGGAUGAAAAAGUUGGUGGGAAGGGUUGCGAAGGUUGAAAUCCCGAUAAUGCCCUUGGAAACAUGUGUCAUGUACUGGAGGAUCAAAGAGGGGCACGAGGCGGAAUUCGCCAUCCGCGGCGGUUUCCCUACGUUUGCCAGCUACGGUGAGCCAUACAUUUAUGGCACACCGUCGUUGGAGUUCCCCGAGUUGAUCAAAAUCGCGGUGCACGGCGGUCAACCCUGCAACCCUGAUAGGAGGAAAUGGGCAACUGGACCCGGGCCUACCGUGUUGGAACCGUUGAAGGAAUGGAUCCGGGGGAGGUUCGGAGAUCGGAUCGACACUUCGGGGCCAGUGAUGGCACAGUCCUGCAUGUAUUCAAUGACACCGGACGAGGAUUUCGUGAUCGAUUUCUUGGGAGGGGAUUUGGGGAAGGAUGUGGUGAUUGCGGGCGGGUGUUCGGGCCAUGGGUUCAAGAUGGCUCCGGCUGUGGGGAGGAUACUGGCUGAUUUGGCGAUUAGUGGGGAGGCAAAAGGUGUGGACCUAAAGCACUUUGAGUUGAGAAGGUUUGAAGGGAAUCCUAAAGGAAACGUCAAGGAUUUUGGGGAUCAAGUUGCCUUUUCGGCCGCCUUUCUCAAUUGAGUGAUGUUGAUACUUAGUACACAAAUUAUGAAUUUUCCUUGUCGAGCAUUCAUUGCAUAUCAAGCGUGCAAUCUCUCUCGCCCACUGUUAGGGGUUUUGUCGGUUGAACAUAAGUUUCGAGAAAGAAAUUACCGUUGAUAAAUUGUCAGAUGUUUCCACUAAUUAAUAGGUUGUUGAAAAAUGUCAAGUUGUUUUCACU